UGCCAUACAGCGCUUCAAGAUGCAUCAACGCCUGAUGAUGCCAAUAUCAAUUCUAGAUCCAUUGUCUAACCUUCCGAAUCAACCUCCCACCCGUCCCCCUCGAUCAGCCGCCACUCGCCAAUCAUGGACCGUCCGUUGGCCGGCCAUUUGUCACAUACUCUAUGAACUCGAUCAUUUGUUUCAUGGAUUUGAUCCACCUCCACCAGACCCCUCACUAGCCUUCGCUCUAUUACAAUGGUUGACCCUCAGCCCUCACACGAUAACUAAUUAAAUCCUUUUUUACCCUUGUUC